CCGCCCACUCUGCGUGUCACGUCAUCAUCCAGCGCCCCCCUCAGGACGUGCAAGAAGCGACGGCGCAGGGCGGUGCGGCGCAGCUCCGGCUCCCCUUUUCCCCUUGCUGGGCGAGAGGUGUCUAUGGGGCACCCGCUGCCGCCGCCGCUACCGCGACCGCCACCGCCGCCGGGUGCUGUCUCUAUGGCGAGGAGGAGGAGGAGGAGCGCGAGCUCAGCGACACAAGUUCACAAAUAAAGGAUAAAGUAUUUUAUGAAACAAAUCUUCAAUCAAGUAUAACAUUUUGAUGCUUGGCGUCUAGACCCCCUGUGUCCUCACUAUGCCAGCAGCAACUGUAGAUCAUAGCCAAAGAAUCUGUGAAGUUUGGGCUUGCAACUUGGAUGAAGAGAUGAAGAAAAUUCGUCAAGUUAUCCGAAAAUAUAAUUACGUUGCGAUGGACACGGAGUUUCCAGGUGUGGUUGCAAGGCCCAUUGGCGAGUUCAGGAGCAACGCCGACUAUCAGUACCAGCUAUUGCGGUGUAAUGUAGACUUGUUAAAGAUAAUUCAGCUAGGACUGACAUUCAUGAAUGAGCAAGGAGAAUACCCUCCAGGAACUUCAACGUGGCAGUUUAAUUUUAAAUUUAAUUUGACGGAGGACAUGUAUGCCCAAGACUCUAUAGAGCUGCUGACAACAUCCGGUAUCCAGUUUAAAAAGCACGAGGAGGAAGGAAUUGAGACCCAGUACUUUGCAGAACUCCUCAUGACGUCGGGAGUGGUCCUCUGUGAAGGGGUCAAGUGGUUGUCAUUUCAUAGUGGUUAUGACUUUGGCUAUUUAAUAAAAAUCCUGACCAACUCUAACUUGCCUGAAGAAGAACUUGACUUCUUUGAGAUCCUUCGGUUGUUUUUUCCUGUGAUUUAUGAUGUGAAGUACCUCAUGAAGAGCUGCAAAAAUCUCAAAGGUGGGUUACAGGAGGUUGCUGAGCAGCUGGAGCUGGAACGGAUAGGACCGCAGCAUCAGGCGGGAUCGGAUUCACUGCUCACAGGAAUGGCUUUUUUCAAAAUGAGAGAAAUGUUCUUUGAAGAUCACAUUGAUGAUGCCAAAUACUGUGGUCACUUGUAUGGCCUUGGUUCUGGUUCCUCCUAUGUGCAGAACGGCACUGGGAAUGCCUACGAAGAGGAAGCCCACACGCAGUCAUGACACGGACUAGCCCUUCUGUUUGGAUUUUAUUUUACUUGAGCUUCACACAUGCUUGUAUAUAGGUUUUAUCUCUGGUUGAACCCCUCAGACAAGAGACAGUACCUUAAUUUUCCCUUCCGUAGCCCGUUUCAUUUUCUGCCUUUCAGUACUCAGUAUGACCUUUCCUAUCUCAGAUCUGAAUAAAUAGAAGAGCAUUCAGGCUGAUGUGGCCCUGCCUUAAUACACUUGGUAGCAAGCGUGUGUGACAGAAAGUGGGGAAAGCUCCGUCGUAUUGACUAUUUCGAUAAACUUGACUGACUUGGGCUUGGUUUGUUUUCCCCUCUCCUAAAUUAACUAGCACUGACUGUAAUUUAUUUCCCUGUUCCGUAUCUCUCCCUGCCAUCCUACAGGAGUUUUAGCUGUUGGAGAUUGUGGACCAUCAAUUUUGCACUUUAGAGAGUGACUCUGACUCACAUCCUCUGUUUUAUCAGAAAUUUCGGUUUCCCUUGCUCUUAGCUGGAAAAAAAUGACCAUCUGCCCACUUCACACAGUAUUUACUUGUUUUUGUCCCACGGAAUAUAGCACAUUCAUUGUGCAAACUGUUGAUCCAUCAAGACUAACAAAAAAGACAAAAGAAACUACUGAGGAACUUAGUAACUGCUGUUUCUGUGUGUAGUGUUGACUCUUGCACGCACACCUACCGUCUGUCAGUUUCUCCUUGGCAUGUGUAGGCUGCUCUGUGACUGAAGACUUUUCAAACCAGCUUUACACCCUUCAGGAAAAAUCCCUCGUGAUUGGAGUUUGAGUUCCUGCCAGGAAACUGGUAGCCAAGACGUUGAAGCCACGGUUAUUUUAUGAUAGCACACACCCCUUGAUCUGCCUCGUUUAUUCCAUCACUGUUUACCCUUAUUUUUUUAUUUUAUAGCCAUACUUAUGAUGCUCUUGAUUUGUUGAUUCCACAAAUCAAUUUCAUUAAAGUCCAAAGAUAGGAAGCCUUUAGGUAUCUUGUACCAAAUUAAAUUAGAAGACAAACAUUGUACUUUCCUGGUUGCUACAAAGAUAAAUAACGGUGAGAUUUGGUGCAAAACAACAAAAUACAAAGUAUAUAUAUAUAUAGAGAGAGAGAGAGAGCGCUAAUAAAAUUACCUGAGGAGUGUAAUGCUUGUUUAUUUUUUUUGUGUAUAUCUUUGCAAUCUAUUUUAUAUAUAUUGACAAAAGAGACUGUGAACUAUUUAGACAUGCAGAAAAUGUGACCAGACCAGAGCAUGUGUAGGAAGAUGUUUUGGUAGCCAUUAACUACCCUGAAAUGAUGGACUGCAGGCUGUGAUGUGUGUUCUCUACACCUCGAUCAGUAAUAUUAGCAGACCUCCAAAUGCCAGCCACAUUGGUUCGUUCCCCUUGUACAUUCUUGAGUCAUGAUAUUACAAUGCUGUAACUGGGUGGUCCUUUUUAAACAAAAUAUUAUUUGCAAAAUAGAGGGUAUUUGUUUUUAAAGUUUUUGUAAAUAAAGGCUUCAGAAAUGUUUUCUUAUA